AAGUGACCAGAUGACGUGGGGGAGCAGUGUGGUAUAAAUGAAGGGAACGCAGGGGGAGGCAGCAGUGACUUCUCCUCCACCAUCACACAAUGAACGCUAAGAUCCUUAUCCUGCUGGGCCUGGUGGCUCUUGUUGCUGCCGACAAACGGCCAGCCUUCAGCUACGGUGCACCACCAGUCCAGCGUCCCUACGGAGCUUCCUCUGAGGAAGUCGUCGAGCCUCCCAAGUAUGGCUUUGACUGGAACGUCCAAGACUCCGAGACCGGCAACGACUUCGCCGCACAGGAGAGCCGCGACCUCGAUAACACCAAGGGGUCGUACACCGUGCAGCUUCCCGACGGUCGUCUGCAGACUGUGACUUACUACGUGGACGGUGACUCAGGCUACGUGGCCGAGGUCAGCUACCAGGGUGAGGCUCAGUACCCCGACUCUCAAGAGUCUAGGGAGUACGCCCCACCCAGGCCCCAGUACGGCUACUCCAAGUAACUCUUCCACACCUCCCACUCGCGCCCCACUUAUUUAUGAACGUGGCUAUACCUAUAACAUGUAGCACCUUUCUCUACUCAGGCUAACUCUUACCAAUAUCUAGCAUGAAGAACCCAAAAUUCUCUUCCUUUUGUUUACCACUGACAACACAUCAACAGUAUCUCAAACUUCACCACAUCUUCAGCACAUUUCCCUUCCUGAUUCUCUCAACAAUUUGUUAUCCCUCACGACCUACUGCUGUAGAGGCCCUCAGCGUCACUGCUCUCGUCUGUGACUGACGCUGAACUCGAAGUCUUUCAUUCGCUGUAAAUCUUCAGUGUUAGAAUCACAUACAGUCCCUAUUGUUAUAUAUAUUAAUGUAUUUAAUAAAUCUAUCAAUUUUAA